AUGUGUCGCUUCAGUGCAGCUCUGUCCCAGGGGAGCAGUGGUGGCAGUCGGGACACAAGGUGCAGCCGUCUGUGGGACAGGGGUGUGGGUGCAGCAGUGGGGUGUCCUGGCAAAGCAGGGCUUGCAGAGGGGCAGGUCGGCACAGGGAGGAGGGGAGCAGGGUGUAGGGGGGGACACGCUAGGCUGGAGCAUGAGCUGCAGAAAGGGAGAAAGGAAAGGGGGGGAGCAAGGGGAGAGGACAGCAGGGGAGGGAGGCAGGGCAGUAUAAAAGCAUCCGACACAUACCUCUCCCGACACAGAGCGAGGGGGCGAGAAAGUGGGUCUGGAAGCAGCAGCAGCAGCAGCAGGAGCAGGAGGCGCGGCGGCCGCUUGCAAACACGCACGCACGGUGGCAGGAGAGAGUGCGGCGCUGCCCCUGCCAGCCCUAGGGCACUGGAGGGAAGAAGAGGAGAGAUGGAGCCAGGGCCGCCCGCAGAGACGCCGCCGGCCCGCGGCCCCGCCGCGGGUACCUGCCGCCCGCCGCCGGGCAUCGCCGGGACUCUGGCGGCCGCCGCGCCGUCCCGCCCCGACGUGGCUCCGCCGUGGGGCGGCGGCCCCCGCUGCUGCUGCUGCUGCUGCCGCCGCUGCCCCGCGCCCGCCGCCCGCCCCGCCGACGCCGAGAGCGCCGCGGUCCCCGCCGCCCGUCCUGCGGCUCCCGGGGCCGCGGCCGGGGCCGCUCCGGCGGCGGCGGCCCCGGUGGCGGCUGCGGCGGCGGCCGCCGCGGCUCCUCCUCCGCCUCCGCCUCCUCCGCGGCCGCCGCCGCGGGGCCCUAAAGCCGCCCGGCUCAAGAGGAUGGUGCGGCUGGCGGCCGAGCUGCUGCUGCUGCUGGGGCUGCUCCUGCUCACCCUGCACAUCACCGUGCUGCGCGGCGGCGGGGAGCCCCACGCCCCCACGGGCGCCGGCAACCACAGCCAGCGGCAGAACACACUGAGUGCAGAUGACCAUUCUCCUGAAGACAGCUUCACCCUGAACCCCGAGGACCACAGGGAAUACCCCGAUCUCCAGGCUGCCCACCGGCCAUUCCCUAAACAGCGAUUCCGGCAGGAAAACGGCCACACAUCCCUGCAAAGAGAUGGACCCAGAUCUUUCCUCCUGGAUCUCCCAAACUUCCCCGACCUAUCAAAAGCAGACAUCAAUGGGCAGAACCCCAACAUUCAGGUUACCAUUGAAGUGGUGGAUGGCCCCGACACCGAGACAGACAAGGAUCUGCAGAAGGAGAGCAGCAAGCCCAGCUGGCCAGUCCCAUCACCUGACUGGAGGAGCUGGUGGCAGAGGUCCUCCACCUUGACUCGCAUGAGCAGUGGUGACCAGGACUACAAGUAUGACAGCACUACUGAGGACAGCAACUUCCUAAACCCUCUCGGUGGGUGGGAUGGUCAUGCACCCGGUCACCGGACAUUCGAGUCCAAGGAGCAGCCAGAGUAUGAUUAUAUUGACGGUGAGGGCGACUGGAGCCCGUGGUCCCUUUGCAGCGUCACCUGCGGGAGCGGGAACCAGAAGCGGACGCGGUCCUGCGGAUACGCCUGCACAGCCACCGAGUCCCGGACCUGUGACAGGCCCAACUGCCCAGGGAUUGAAGACACCUUCCGGACAGCUGCCACGGAGGUGAGCUUGCUUGCAGGGAGUGAAGACUUCAAUGCCACCAAACUGUUUGAAGUUGAUACUGAUAGCUGUGAAAGAUGGAUGAGCUGCAAGAGCGAGUUCCUGAAGAAAUAUAUGCACAAAGUGGUCAAUGAUCUCCCCAGCUGCCCGUGCUCCUACCCCAGAGAAGUUGCUUACAGCACUGCUGAGAUCUAUGAUCGCCUUAAGAGGAAAAACUUUCGCUGGAAAGAUGCAAGUGGUCCGAAGGAAAAACUGGAGAUCUAUAAGCCCACGGCACGAUACUGCAUCCGCUCCAUGCUCUCUCUGGAAAGCACAACACUGGCAGCACAGCACUGCUGCUAUGAUGACAACAUGCAGCUGAUCACCAGAGGGAAGGGGGCGGGCACACCAAACCUGAUCAGCAUUGAAUUCUCAGCAGAACUCCAUUACAAAGUGGACAUUCUGCCUUGGAUCAUAUGCAAAGGGGACUGGAGCCGCUACAACGAGGCCCGGCCUCCCAACAAUGGGCAGAAGUGCACAGAAAACCCCUCAGAUGAGGACUACUACAAGCAAUUUCAAGAAGCAAGGGAAUACUGAGAAGGUUUUCCUCCUCAGAAAAUUCAGACACAAAGUAGCAUUCGUUUCCUGGAUGCCAAAGAACUGGUGGUGGCUGCUGCAUUGGCUCCUUGACAGGGGUUGAUCAGAUCCUUUCUAAUGAAUGUACAUAGUUGUAAUAUAAUACAUAAGUAUUUUUCACAGUGUGUGUAAUUUAUAAACACAUAUCUCUCUAUCUCACACACACCUAUUUUUACAUACAGACAUACAUAAAUCUUGUCCUGGUAGGAUUUUAUACUGCAAUAACAUUCAUGUAAUAAUGUGCAUUUCAUUUUAUUUCCCAACUGUAACAUAAUGGGGAGCUGGGGGGUGGGCAGCUGCCUUCACCGUCAGGCCCCAAGGCCCCAGCUGAGGAGGCACAUAUUUAAAAGUUGUUAUAAACAAUAGGAUUGAAGAAUGUACUCUUCCAUAUGGGAAUGGUUUACAAGAUUAAUGCACCUACGCCAUCAAUUUUCUCUAUAAUUGAUUUCAUGACUAGUCAUAUCUAAGAAGGGAAGAAUUUUUUUUGGAAGGGUAAUAGUCAAAAGUGAAUACAGAGAAUUCCUGGAGAUUUUUUCUUGGAAUUCUUCCUGUUACCUUCCAGCUCAGGUCUUUGCAGUCCAUCUGGGGUAGGCUUGCAGGAAGAUGUAGCUGUGGUUUUCCUAUAGGCCAGAAAAGGUCUCGAUGCAGUGGAGUCACAAACAACCCACUCUUGGAGCCAUCUCAGAUAUGGAGCUGCAGCUGUCAGGGUUUCCAUCUUAUGCUGGGGAGCAGAUCUUCAGGGCAGCUACCUCUAAACUGAGCACGCUGUGAGUCUUUGGAGGAGUGAGGCCAGAGAAGUAAUCCAUGUCAAAGGAAAAAAAAAUCACAGCUCCUUCCCAGUUUUUAAUAUGAAGAAUGUUUGGAUCUGCUUGUUUCUUUCUUUUAAGAAAAUAAAGAAGUUUAUUUUUUUAAAGGACAGGAAAAGUGGAAUCCAUAUGUUGAAUUUCCCUGGGAUAAAGCAUGCAACCAGCCCUUUCUCCCCAUUUUUCUUAUGCUGAGUGCACAGUGUCCUACAGAAGUAGCUAUUCUUUAAGGAAGCUCUCUGGGAGGAAGUAUUGGUGAGUUAAAAUGUCUUAAUUUUUUUAAAAAGCUAGCGUUAUUUUUGUAAAGUAUUUAUUGAAUUGUAACAAUAACUCACAUGUGAGAUAUGUCUCUAACAUGAAAGGUUUCUGUAGAUGGAACUUGAUUGCCAAGAACAUGACUGUUGUUAGGCAAAGGUUUUAAUUCCAAAUUUUUAUAAAGUACAUACAUACAUAAUCCUGUCAUUAAGCAGCUCAUCCCUGCAUUCUUAUGAAAGAUAAAAAUUACACCAUGGGUAAAUAAAUACUUACAGUUCCAUCCUGCAAAAGAC